AUGGAGGCCAAGCCUCUACAAAACUUUAGCGCAAGCUCCAAGGGGAGGCCGAGGAGAUACAGAGGGGUGAGGCAAAGGCCGUGGGGGAAAUGGGCGGCGGAGAUAAGGGACCCACACAAGGUGGCGCGUGUGUGGCUCGGAACCUUUGACACGACUGAGACUUGUCCUACUAAGAUAUUUGUAGGGCUUUCUGGUGUGGACUUGUUCAUGGCUGAUGUCAAAGCCUUGGAAGCGUAUGCUGGUUACUUCCACUAUCUGCCGAAGUUGUGGUCUAGACUACUUCCUGAAGUUUAUGAACCAGAAGCUGUUGCAGACUACUUUAGUUGCAGGCCACAUGUCGUGGCUUUUAGACUCCUCGAG